UAUAUAUGUAUUAUUAGAAGCUUUUACAUAGGAUCGAUGGUAUUCGAGAUUUUCGAUCAAGCGCGGCAAAUACUCCAGCCACAUGACAACGCCAAUUUGAACUUAUUAUUAGGAAGCAAUAAGAUCAAAUGAUACCACCAAAAACAUUUACUGUCGCCAAAAUUGUAAACAUUGCGGAAAAGUUUCACUUCAGUCGUUUUCAUUCCCUUCCCCUGCAUAGGCGUGCAACUUCAGGGAGAACCAAAUGUUUGAUUGAGGUAACAAAUUUAUUCAUUUCGACUAUUCCACACUAUAGUGAUUCCUAUGAUGAUUAGUCAACAUCAUUGAUAUGUAUUUGCGAGGAGAUACCUGAUUUCAAAUAGUAAAAGUGGUUAUUAUUGUGUCCCUUAUCGGUCAUGUAUUUUGAGAUUUGGUGAUAUAUAAAUAUACAACGAUAUUUUAAAUUGAAUACUUUCUACUUGUGAUACAAGUAAAACGUAUGUGGGCAGAUACGUCAUCAAUGAAAGAAAAUGUGGAAACGUUUUCUUUUGACUGCUGCCUGGACAUUGGCUAUUGCUUUAGGAGUGCGAUCGAUCCCGGAUCGCGCUUCAUUUUAAGUCGAACUGAAAGGUCAAGAUCGCCGCAAAUUCUUCAAUAUUUCAUCACUGGUUCGCUUGGCAACACCGCAUCUCGUGCAUUCCAAGGCAAGGUUUCCCAUGAUGAUAGAUGAGCGACUUUUCUCAGUACCCAUCUAGCACUCAUUUGGCAGUGCUAUCCUGCUUCGAAUGGUGUACGCAGCUACUUGUCCAAGCACUGACCAUGGAACUCCAACCUUCUUUCCUCACGAGGUAAAUUGCUCGCUAUAUUAUCAAUGCUCCAACGGUACACCAUAUCUGAUGACCUGCCCACCAGGAUUGGAUUUCAACCCCAUUAAGCAUGUCUGUGACUACCCUGACCGCGCUGGAUGUAGGACUACUACGCAUCCUUCUACAAGUUCCACACAUCUUACUUACAGCCCUACAACAGCAUCGACAGACUUACCAACUACAGUUACUAAAUCACCAACUCAAAGUUCUACAACCUCAGCUAUAACUCCAACAUCUGCACCCAUCACCAAACCAACACCUUCAACAAAGCCAUCACCUAAACCAACAACAGAAUCAACAUUAAGUCCAACGCCAUCCACAUCCACGUCAUCAACGAAGAAGCCUACUGAGAGCCCAAUGUCAAGGCCAACUAAGCCGACAAAACGACCAACUGCAGCGCCGACUAAGCAACCUACACCAAAGCCGACUAGGAAACCCACAAAGAAGCCAACUAUCCAACCCACACAUGCGCCAACCAUACACCCCACACACAAACCAACACCAAGGUCAACUAUAACACCGACCAAAAGCCCUACAGAAACAUCAACAAGGCAACCAACACACAAAUCAACUACUUAUCCUACAGCCAAACCAACACCGGCGCCAACUAUAACACCGACCAAACGUCCUACAGCAAAACCCACUGUACAUCCUACACACAAACCAGCAUCAACGACAACUAAGAAGCCCACACACAAACCAACUAUACAUCCUACACACAAACCAACUCCAACGUCGACUAGGAAACCCACACACAAACCAUCAUCAAGGCCAUCUAAGAAACCCACACACAAACCAACUAUACAUCCAACACACAAUCCAACACCAAGGCCGACUAGGAAACCCACACACAAACCAACUAUACAUCCUACACAAAAACCAACUCCAAGGCCGACUAGAAAACCCACACACAAACCAACUAUACAUCCUACACACAAACCAACUAUACAUCCUACACACAAACCAACAACGAGGCCGACUAGGAAACCCACUCACAAGCCAACAAUACAUCCCACACACAAACCAACAAAGAGGCCGACUAGGAAACCCACACAUAAACCAACGCAAAGGCCGACUAGGAAACCCACACAUAAGCCAACUAUACAUCCUACACAAAAACCAACAAAGAUGCCGACUAGGAAACCCACACACAAACCAACUAUACAUCCUACACCCAAACCAACUCCAAGGCCGACUAGAAAACCCACACACAAACCAACUAUAGAUCCUACACACAAACCAAUAACAAGGCCGACUAGGAAACCCACACACAAGCCCACUAUACAUCCUACACACAAACCAACAACGAGGCCGACUAGGAAACCCACACACAAACCAACUAUACAUCCUACACACAAACCAACAGCAAGGCCGACUAGGAAACCUACCGAUAGGCCGUCGUCACCUCGACCAACCUGGCCACCUAAGCCAACUGCAAAGCCGACACCUACAAGACGACCAUGGCCACCUGAGCCAACACAGAGACCUACUCAUAGUCCACCACAUCCUAGACCUUGGCCACCCCAUCCUAGACCAUGGCCACCUAAUCCUAGACCUUGGCCUCCUCAUCCCAGGCCUCGGCCACCUCAUCCUAGGCCUCGGCCUCCAAGGCCUUGGCCGCCACAUCAUUAAUCGUAGAUAUCACUGUUCGUAUCUAUGAUAAAGAUAUACAUACGAGUAUGAUAUGCCGUAGUUUUUUAGAAGAACAUCAAAUAUCAUCCUGUAAGAAUAACUGAUACUUUGUAAAUUGAACAAAACUAACAUUCCACGACCUGGAUUGGCAGAUCAUAUCUCAAAUCGAGAUCAGAAAAAUUGUAAAUAUUAGGGUUUUGUCAACUUUUCCUUUUUCUUGAUCCUUCUUUCAUUGGAAAGCAUUAGUUUCCAUAAUAUGAAAAAAUCAUAAUAGGUAAAAUUACAUGAACCGAAGACUGUCGAAGUUGCUGCGUCCAGCUGAAAUUAUGACUAAUUUUCUCUUUCUAGAACGUCAAACUUUUCCGAAUAUAGCCUUGCUUUUUCCUUCUGAAUUACAUUCAAUAAUGAUUCAAUUUCAAUAUUUGACACAUGAAUAAGUAGUAUGUAAAGUAUUUUUCACAGUAAUUCAACAAACUUUUAAGUUUAUUGAUGAGAACAGCUAUACGAGUACAGCCUCCGAAAGUUUUUUGCUGAAAAUCCAAUGAGAAAGAAAAUAUAAUUCGGUAGACGAAACUCAAUGAGAGGGGGUUUGGCAGCCUACGAGCCUUUCACGUUAGUGGAGGUGGUCAUUUUUAUCAGUUUUUGUAUAUAAAUAUGUAAUUUUUGCUAACAAAAAUUCAAAUUUUUGUAUGUGUACGCAGUAACCGACUAGGGCAUUUAUUCAAUAGUUUCUUGUAUAUAGAAAAUAACGGUCUGUCUCUACACUGACUUUUCUUUCAUACACAUAUAGAUAGAACUUAUUCAAACCAACGCAAAUGACUUAUAAUAAAUUCUGACUUGUGUACCUAUCUGUCAUUGAUUUUGAAGCAUAAACGCAUGGACGUCCAUCUUGUAUGAAACAAGCUACUACUCCUGCUUACAUCUACUAAAAUUGUACUUUCUUUUGUAAUAAAAAUUUUUAACACUGGUGUACUAGUAAGUACUUGCUUGAAACUUUGGAAAGCAUUUUCUUGUUCCUUAUUCCAACAAAAUAAUUUAAUUUUUUAAGAGCUCUCUCAGAGGUUCAGCUUUAUCAGAGUAAUUUUUGAUUAAUUUACUGAGAUAGGUAUGUGAGCAUACCCAGCAAUCUUUGUUGAAAGAUUCGGCAUAUCCAUUUUCACUGAUCUGCCUCUUUACGUUUGGAAGAAAUUGUAUGACUCAAGUAUUUAAUUUCUGACAAGCCAAAUUUACAUUUGGCAAGUUUAACAUUCUUAUUCCUAGCAAUCGAUGUAGGUAUAUGUUUUCUAGUCAUAGCCAUUUAAAUAUUGUCUGUUUCAGUUUGUUCAAAAACUGCAUUUUAACAUUGUAUUAACUAUUUUUUGUAAUCACAGUAUAAUAAUAUAUAUAAUAUAA